AUUAGUGAUACUUGCAGUACCUUAAACUUUUAUAAUGUUUUAGCUGUAUACCCUACAGAUGCAUAUGAUAUUUUCAGGUAAACUCUCGUGUGAAUCCAAUAUUAUGAAGCUGUAGUGUUGUUAAGAUUAACUCAACAACGAAUUUAUUUCCUUAAUGAGAACGCAACUAAAACUUGAACUAAUAGUUACAUGCAAAAAUUACAAUCAUACAAUGAAAUCUCAAACAAUAAACAUAUUAUUUCUGUUAGACAUUUUACAUAUACAUAUAUGUGUAAAUUACAUUUCUGAAAUAUUUAAAUUUAUUAACUUUAAAUGAUCAGGCAACUCCUACCAAGUGAGAAUUAAAAAUAAAUAGAAAUUUCUAACCACGCCGUUGGGAUUUAAGCCAUAUGUUUGUUGAGUUAUUUAUCUAAAUAUUAAAUUAUGAACGAAUUAGCAGAAGUCAUAUUUUCAAGUUGUGCCGAUGGUGAUCAAGUGUCCUGCAAUGUGUGGGAUUUUCGAAACGCGACAAAUUUAAUGACCUAUAAGGGCGGCGGCACUUUACAAAAGCGUAGUCUAUGUGUGCUUCGUUCGGAAUAUGUAUUAGCCGCUAACAGCAGUAAGCCACUUUUGCAUAUUUGGCCUAUUAAUUCACAAGAACAAACAACACAAGUGCGUUUUGUUACACCAGGAAUCGUUAAUGCAUUAGCAAUUUCUUUAGAUGGAUUGUAUUUAAUUGCAGCUGUACAAGAAACAAUUUAUAUAUGGAAUCUAACAAGCGGCCGCAUGCUUAAUAUGAUUUCAAAACAUUAUCAGCCUAUAAAAUCUUUAUGUUUUACAUCAGACGGUUCUCAUUUCAUAUCUGCAGGCCAAGAUGGUGCAAUAUUAGUGUGGAAUUUAACACAAAUUGUUUCAAAAUUGGAUGAUAAUCAAACUCCGCUGUAUACUUUUACUGACCACGGUUUAGGAAUUACUGAUAUAUUCAUUGGAAUCGGAGGGAUUCGAUCUUUUAUGUAUUCUGUAUCUCUAGAUCGCACUUGUAAAAUUUACGAUCUAUGCAUCGGGAAUCUAUUGCUUAAUGUAGUGUUUGCUGAAGCUUUAUAUUCAGUAGUAGCAAAUUCUUUAGAAACUCGUGUUUAUGUUGGUACAGGGGAAGGAAAUAUAUAUGAAAUUAAUAUUGGUUCGGUGCCACGUACAAAGGAAUAUCAUAUGGAGGUUGAGAAAAAUGCUAACUUUAGUGGUCAUACGCCGAAUACAUCUGUAGACUGCCUCGUUUUAUCAAUCGAUGGACAAACUCUUCUCUCUGGGGGACAAGAUAAACUUGUUUAUAUAUGGCAUAUAUCAAGUAAACAGCUUAUAAGAACGAUACAAAACAAAGGUUCUAUAAUGAAUAUUAAAAUUCAAUUAACAAAUGUUAACACAUUUCAAUCCGAAAAUAAACAAAGGAAUUUGUUUAAUGGAAAUCUUCAAAGAAUAAUGGAAUCAACAGAAGUUGAUGAACACGAAAGUGUUGAGGUACUUGUUACACAACCGAACAUCGAAGACACAUAUGAAAAAGAGCAAUCUGUAGAUGCCGAUUUAAGCUGUUUACAUUUUAAUGUAAAGGAUGAUUCCGCACAGAAUAUUACCGAACUUAGAGCUGAAAUACAGCGUCUUAAAAAGAUUAAUAAAAGUCUAUUUCUUGAAAGUGCUUUACAUAUACUAAACGUGAAAAAAUAAAAAAGUAUCGUAUUAUUUCAAAAAGUUUGGCAUUACAUUUUAUUCUGAUUUUUGUGUAUUCUUGUCAGCGUUUUCUAUUUCGGUUUGUAUCUCCUUCCUGAUUUCUCUGUUGGAAUGUAAAAGUUCUUUCAGCUGUUUAAUUAUGUUAUCUGUCUUCUGUUCAAAGAAAUCCAGA